UUUUUUUAAUUUGUUUUCUUUUUAAAUACAGCAUCAUGGCUUACGCCGGCGAUAACAGAUAUGAAGAAUCUCCCAAAAGAGUAAAAUAUGACAGACAGCUGAGAUUAUGGGAUGAUCAUGGUCAAUAUGCUUUAGAAGCAGCUCAUGUGUGUUUAAUAAAUGCUUCGGCUACAGGAACUGAAAUUUUGAAAAGUUUAGUUUUGCCUGGAAUCGGUGCCUUUACUAUUCUUGAUGGUAAAAUUGUUACUGGAGAAGAUGCUGGGAACAAUUUCUUUCUUGAUAAAGAUAGCAUUGGUAAAUCACGAGCAAAAGUUACCACAGAAUAUUUGCUUGAAUUGAAUCCAGAUGUUCGAGGUGAGUUUGUUGAUGAAACCUUGGAAUGCAUUUUGCAAGCCGAACCUAAAUUUUUCUCGAAAUUUACGGCUGUCAUAGCUACAAAUGUUACAGAACCUACUCUUCUAAAAUUGGCUGAAACGUUGUGGAUACAAGAUGUUCCUCUUUUGGUUUGUCGUUCUUAUGGUAUGAUAGGAUAUAUGAGAUUGCAAUUUUCUGAUCGUACAAUUAUCGAGAGCAGGCCUGAAAAUGAAUUCCAUGAUUUGAGAUUAGAUAGGCCCUUUCCUACUUUGAAAGAAUAUGUUGAUUCAAUUGAUUUAGAGAAAUUAACUGAUCAAGAGCAUGGUCACGUGCCUUUUGUGGUGAUUCUUUUGAAGUAUUUAGAUAGCUGGAAAAGUCGGAAUGAUGGUCAAAUGCCUAAGAAUAUGAAAGAAAAGAACCUUCUCAAAGAGGAAAUUGGGAAAGGUGCAAGAAAAAGAGAUGAUGAAGAAAAUUUUCAGGAAGCAUGCAGAGCAGUGAAUAGAUCAAUAACUGCAACUAAUGUUCCGAGUGAAAUUCAGGAGAUAUUGAACAAUCCUCUUUGCGAUAACUUAACUAGUGAAAGUAAAUCUUUUUGGAUACUUGCUAAGGCACUGAAAGAGUUUGUUAAUAAUGAAGGUCAAGGAUGUCUUCCUGUUAGAGGUGUUAUUCCUGAUAUGACAUCAGAUACACAGAGUUACAUUAAACUUCAAAAUAUUUAUAAAGCUAAAGCCGAAGAAGAUGCACACAUAAUAUAUACAAAAGUUCAACAACUUCUUGGCGGUUUGGGAAAACCACCUAACUUCAUUUCAGAGCAUGAAGUAAAAGUAUUUUGUAAAAAUGCACAUUGCUUGCGUGUGUUGUAUGGUAGACCAAUCAAAGAUGAAUAUAACCCAGGAAAGUCUAAUGUUCAAAAUUUAAUAUCAGAUUUAGAACAUGAUGAUAGUGACAUAAUAUUCUAUGUAAUGUUAAGAGCAGUGGAUAAAUUUCAUUCACAAUAUUGCAGAUAUCCUGGGCAGACAAAUGAUGAAGUGGAAUCUGAUAUUGUGAAAUUGAAAAAUUGUGUUACAUCAUUAAUGAAUGAGCUAGGAUGUUCACCCAUCACAAAGGAUGAUUAUGUUCAUGAAGUGUGUCGUUUUGGGGCUGCUGAACUGCAUUCUAUUGCAGCUUUCAUAGGUGGCUGUGCUGCUCAAGAAAUAAUCAAACUCAUUACUGGACAGUAUGUCCCAUUUAACAAUACACUAACUUAUUAUGCUGUAACUCAAUCAACUUCAGUGUAUUGCUUGUGAGCUUUUCUAAUAACCUGACACCUACAGUUCUGAUUUGCUUUAAAAUAUCAAUGUUAUUCUUAUCUCAAUAUAUUAACUUUUAUAAUGCAAGAAAAUUUCAUAAUUGAUAAUUUAUUCAAAUAAAAGGAAAAUACUUUAUCUUUGCUCUAUAAUAGAACAUGAAUAAAAUCAUUUAAGUGAUUUUGAAAAAUUUGAUCUAAUGUUAUGUAUGUAAAAUGAAACAAAAUAAAAUGUAUAGUUUAGUACUUCAAUCAAUUUAGCCUUAUAAUUUCCAAGACUUUAGGAAAUUUCUGGAAGAGUUAAAAAUGGGAGAUGUUUCAAAAUAUAUUUCAAUAUAUCUAAUUUCUUAUACUGAGUGGAUCUUUUAUUGAAAUGAAGAUUAACUUGACAUUCAUUGUUUGCAAUUGUAAUUUGAUAAUUUAUUAUCUAAAUAUGGCUUCUUUCAAAACACAUUAGAGAGAUGCAAUAAAUCUUAGCAGUGAU